GUUUGGAUUCACCCGCUCCCACAAGCAUUCAUUCACAGAUUGUUCCUGUGUGACUGGCACCAGCUCAACUACACCACGCGCUACGGGUUUACCUUUGAAUUGCACUGGUCGCGUGCAGCUUGAAACCAAUCCAAGCGCCGGUGGUUCAGUGUUACCCGCAAAUUAAUUGCACCUUGACCCGGGCCCUCCACGGAUUAACGUUCCCCGAAUCGAUUUAGGCAAUCGGAAAGGGCCACAGGGCAACAUACCAGACCAGCCCGCCCCUAACUUCCCACUUCAUCUGCCGUUGGUUCUUAAUCCCCAUUCUCGGAAUCGCACGACCUCGACGUUUCGCAUCCACGAUUCGUGUCCAUUCCGUUCGCACAGACUGAUAAUCCAUCACAAUGCCUAAGAAAGGAGGAAAGAAGAACAAGGGCAAGAAGAGCGGCGGUGCUGCCGCUGCCGCGAAGAAAGCAGUCGAUGCCCCCAACAAUGUUGUACCAGCCAACGAGGUCGAGGAAACAGUCCCCAAGAGCGACAGUGAGCUCGAAGCUGUCGCUACCGAGGCAGGCGUCACUGACACCACUGCGCCUGAGGCUGUCGUCCCCGAAACAGUUACCAAGGACGAAAGCGAAGUUGAAGCCGUCGCUGCCGAGACAGCUCCUGCAGUGACUGCGGCACCCGUGGCCACAGUUACUGACACCGCCGCCCCGGUCCCCGCGCCUGCCCCUCCGGUCAAAUUCACGGAGGAGGCCUCAAACGCAGUCAAUACCGCGUUUCCCAAGAUAAACGAUGGCAUCGUAGAGGACGCUGCGCAGCAGACGAAGACUGCUCAGGCGGAGACAGUGGAGGAGGGCACGAGUAAGUAACCCAAUGGGUGCGCAUUUGCGCAGGGCUGGUAGUUUGCUGACAACGUUCAUCACCAGCUGUACUACCUUCCACC